AAAUCAGUUAUGAGAAGAUUACUUAGCCUCUCGCAUAUCUCAGGAGAAAACAUUGAUGCCGGAUGGCCAACGUGGUUGUCUUCAGUGGCCGGAGAAGCCAUCAAAGGGUGGCUUCCUCGACGAGCAGACUCCUUCGAAAAACUAGAGCAAAUUGGACAAGGGGCUUAUAGCAGUGUGCAUAAAGCACUUGAUCUUGAAAGUGGUAAAUUUGUGGCUCUGAAAAAGGUUCGGUUCUUGAGUAGCGAUCCGGCAAGCGUCCGAUUCAUGGCGAGGGAAAUCCAUAUAUUGCGCCAAUUAAACCAUCCCAAUGUGAUCAAGCUUGAGGGUCUUGUUGCAUCUAGAACUUCCUCCAGUUUGUACCUUGUUUUUGAAUACAUGGAGCAUGAUCUUGCUGGAUUAGCCGCCACCCCUGGAAUCAAGUUCACCGAACCACAGAUUAAAUGCUUUAUGCAGCAACUACUUAGGGGGCUUGAACACUGCCAUAGUCGAGGUGUGCUGCACCGCGACAUCAAGGGUUCCAAUCUUCUAAUUGACAACAAUGGAAACCUUAAGAUAGGAGAUUUUGGUCUUGCAACUGUUUAUGAUCCGGAGAAGAAUCAGCAAUUAACUAGCCGCGUCGUGACUCUGUGGUACAGGGCACCUGAGCUUUUGUUAGGUGCUACAGAAUAUGGAGCCGCAAUAGACAUGUGGAGUGCUGGUUGUAUUCUAGCUGAAUUGCUCCUAGGGAAGCCUAUUAUGCCUGGAAGAACAGAGGUGGAACAAAUGCACAAGAUUUUUAAGCUUUGUGGUUCCCCAUCUGAGGAAUAUUGGCAGAGAACAAAGUUUCCACAUGCAACUAGUUUUAAACCACAGCAGCAUUAUGAACGCCAAGUUGCCAAAACAUUUAGAAAGGUCUCUUCUUCAGCACUAGCCCUUGUUGAUAAGCUUCUAUCUAUGGAACCAGAAGAUCGAGGAUCUGCGACUUGCGCGCUUCAAAGCGAGUUCUUUACUACAGAACCCCUACCAUGUGAUCCAUCAAGUUUACCAAAGUUUCCGCCCACCAAGGAGUUCGACGCCAAGAAUCGAAACAAGGAAGUAGCAACGUAUGCAAAGAAAAACACCGAAGCUGUAAGAGAACGAGGAUUGGUGUCUGAAUUGUCGGAUGCAGGACAAGAUAAAAAACUACCUAGAACACCGGAGUAUAACACCCGCGGAGAUCUAACAUUGAGGGGGAAACCAAAUGGUGAGGCUCACUAUAAAGUUGAUCCAAGUAGAUCAGUAUGCAAUCCAAGCUAUGUACAUAGUACAACAAUGAGCAGUGCAGCAAUUACAAGACAAUCUACAUUCAAGAGAUUGGACUCAUCUGUUGCCAAAACUCCCGAGUUGCGGACGCAGAAGUCUCAGAUAAGUCGAGCAACAGCAGAUUUCUCUAACUAUUCAAGUAAAUGGGAACAAGGAGCCAUGCUUGGUCAUCAAGAACCCAUGAUGGAGUAUGUGCAAAAGAAAAGUAGGAUCCACUGCUCAGGACCGUUGAUGCCACCGGGUGGGAACAUCGACGAUAUGCUGAGAGAACAUGAGAAACUAAUGCAAGAGGCUUUCCGCACUGUGAAGAUCAAUUCUAGAAACUAA